UUCCUCUUGUUCCUUCUUGCCCUGGCCAUGGUUGCUUCUGCUUCUGUUCGCUAUGUGCGGCGCCGUCGGGGUCGUCCUCCUGGGAUUCGGGCCUCCGUUAAUGCCUGUGUUCGUCGUACUGGCGAGCCUGUUCCUCCUGCUGAUUCAUCGUCGGUGACACCAGCCGUUGCUAUGUGUCGUCAGUCCGCUGGAGUUCAUUCAGGGAGGCGUUCCCGCUCCGCGGUGGCUCGCCAGCCGCUCUGUUCUCGCCGGCCUGGUGUACAGUGUUCUGACUCCGAGCAGUUUCUCCAUGGAGAUUUCCAUAGCCGUCGCCGGGAGAUUUCGUUAGGGAAGCGGCCUGUUGACUCUACUGUUGAUUCUGUUAUUAGUUGUGCUCCUUCCUUCGUGGGUCAUGGCUUUCCAUAUGUUGUUCGUCCUGCCGGUGUGCCACCUGGUAAUUUCUGUUGUUCUUUUUUUUUAAUCCAGUCCGCUUAGUUGUUCGCCUUCCUCUCUCUUCUGCUAUUCAUUUUCUUCAUUGUAAGAUGCGGCGGUUUUGUUUGGCCUCUGUUGCUCUCCUGCUGGUUGGCCUCGGAGAUCACUGUUCUCAGCCGAAGUUGUUCGGUCAUGUGAGUUUUUGUCGUUUUUUGAUGUGGUAUGUGAGGGAGUCCUGGAUUAGGGGGUAUUCAGACAGCCGGACUAUAUACAUCGUCCGGACUAUCGAAGCGUGAAGAUACAAGACUCAA